GGGGAUGAAGGAGGGAAAUAAUCAGUCUAUUCACGACAGCGAGGGUUGCAACAACUCUGGAUGAGAUCGACAAACACAUCUGGUUUGGACCAUGAGGAGCAUGUACAUCCGAGUGACUGUGUGCAUCAGAGCACAGGGCACCCGAGGGUCCAGAAAUCUGCUUUGUGGUGCUGCACCACAACGAGCUCUUUGUCUGACUGCAGCAGGGACGGUGGUAGAUGGAAAGUUAGAGGGGAGGAAAAGAGGUGAGAGUACGGGAGUUAGAAAGAGGGGUGUGGAUGGACGGGUGCGGAGCUUUGAGGAGAUCCCUCACACAGGUAGGAACGGCUGGGUCAACUUGGUGAAAUUCUUCAGAGAAGAUCGUUUCCGGCACCUCCACAAGCACAUGGAGAGGACCUUCAACGCCCUCGGCCCCAUCUACAGGGAGCAUGUGGGCACCCAAAGCAGUGUAAACAUCAUGUUGCCGUCUGACAUCGGUGAGCUUUUUCGCGCAGAGGGCCUGCACCCCCGACGGAUGACCCUGCAGCCCUGGGCAACACACAGAGAGAUACGUCAGCACAGCAAAGGAGUCUUCCUCAAGAACGGUGAGGAGUGGCGAGCUGACCGUCUACUGCUCAACAAGGAGGUGAUGAUGACUUCGGCAGUAAAGUGCUUUCUACCCCUGCUUGAUGAGGUGGCGAGGGAUUUCUGUCGAAUGCUGCGGGUGAGAGUGGACAGGGAGGGAAGAGGCGAGGAGCGGAAACGCAGUCUCACCCUGGAUCCCAGUCCUGACCUCUUCCGCUUCGCACUGGAAGCCAGUUGCCAUGUGAUCUACGGGGAGCGUAUUGGCCUCUUCUCCUCAUCUCCCUCCAUGGAGUCCCAGAAGUUUAUUUGGGCAGUGGAGGAAAUGCUGGCAACCACCCCUCCUCUCCUCUACCUGCCCCCUCGCCUGUUGCUCCGUGUUCGUGCCCCUCUGUGGACCAAGCACGCCAGUGCAUGGGAUCACAUCUUCAGCCAUGCGGAGGCGAGGAUCCAGAGGGGGUACCAGCGACUGUCAUCCUCCAAGGGUCUAGGGUCUAAGGCUGGAGCACCAGGAGCCCAGUACACCGGGGUCCUGGGCCAACUCAUGGGGAAAGGGCAGCUAUCUUUGGACCUCAUCAAAGCCAACAUCACAGAGCUGAUGGCCGGAGGGGUUGACACGACAGCAGUGCCCCUGCAGUUUGCUCUGUUUGAGCUGGGCCGUAACCCGGAGGUGCAGGAGAUGGUGAGGCAGCAGGUGAGGGCGUCAUGGGCUCAGGCUGGUGGUGACCCUCAGAAAGCCCUGCAGGGGGCGCCACUACUGAAAGGCACAGUCAAGGAGAUUCUCAGGUUAUAUCCGGUGGGAACCACAGUGCAGCGAUAUCCCAUCAAAGACAUUGUUCUUCAGAAUUACCACAUACCUGCUGGGACGAUGGUCCAGGCCUGUCUUUACCCUCUGGGAAGGAGUGCAGAGGUGUUUGAGGAUCCACUGCGCUUUCACCCUGGCAGGUGGGGAACCAGCAAAGAGGAAGGCCAAAGAGGAGAGGGGACAGGGUUUCGCUCCCUGGCGUUCGGGUUCGGGGCGAGGCAAUGUGUCGGGAGGAGGAUUGCUGAGAACGAGAUGCAGCUCUUGCUCAUGCAUAUCCUGCUGAGCUUCCAUCUCAGCGUGUCGUCCUCUGAGGACAUCAAAACCACAUGCACCCUCAUCCUGCAGCCCGAGACUCCACCAAGGAUCACUUUCAGCAAGCUCUGACAGACACACAGAGAAGAGAGUCGUGCAAUCAACAUUUAACAUGUUUAAUCACACAAUUCAGUGUUCAUCUUCCAAACAUAACCACCAGAUUUAUCAUGAUACUCACUGAAAUUUAUACUCAGCACCUUCAUAGAGCCUAAGAACUCAUAAUUCUGAUGAAUAAAGUACAAUUUUCCUCC